AAGUUCAACAAAGCAAAAACGUUGUGAAAUUUAAAAAAUAAGAAAGCUGUAGAAUUAAUUUUUGCAAACAUUAGUUUUAAAUAACGCAUAAAACAGGUUGUAUUUUUAUUUAUUCAAACGUAUCUUCUGGCUGUAAUUGUUAAUAUUUAAUAAUCUAUUAAUUAAAACAACAGCAACUGGCCUAUAAUUCAUUUAUUUGACAAUUUAUUGCUUGUAUGCCUUUGAUUCCCUUUUUCUUUUUUUCUUUCUGGUCUUCCUCAUUUACUUUUUAUCAUUUUUUUCUGAAAUCAAUAAGCUGUAUACUUAGACCUGUCAUCGAAUAAAACCUUUUUAAUGUCUGUAAACAGAUGGAUAAUAAAUUCCCUUCCGCUGAUUAUAAAAUGAAAAAAAUUAUUUGCCUUUCUCAUAAACAUUACUUUGAACUUUAGUGCCUUAUUUUAGUUUUUUAUCGAAAUAAAAAAUAAACAUACGUUUAAAAAAACAUUUUAACCUUUUGCCGCUCUCUAUUUUUCUCUCUUAAUUCUUUAUUUAAAGCCUUGAAGAAUUCGCCCCACGUGUUAAAGAAAUGGCACAACAAAGGAUUGUGCUCAUUAAAACUUUCACAAAACUUAAAUUAAUUACAUUUUUAUAAUUCUCUCUGCAUAGGUAGGUAAAGUUUCAUCAUUUUCACAGUGUCAGAUGUUAUACAGACCCCCAUAAAAUUUCUCACCAUGAAAGAACCCGUUCAGGGGCUGCCGACUUCUAGCAGACAGAAAGCUAUCUCCUGAUAGAUAACUGGAGAUCACAAUUUCGCUUAGUACUGGAUUUGCAAUGUACAGUUAUUUAUUUAAUUAUUCGUUUCUUUGGACUGUUUGUGACAUUUCAAGGUGAUCCAAAUAUGGAAGUGGCUCAGAGAGACCAUAAGGAGUCCUCUGAAGCAAAGUGAGAGUUGAUUUUUGCUGCCGUGAAAGGACGACUUGUUCUACCCCUGGCUAAGGCCUCGGCCUCGGGAACUAGGUGCUGUGGGACCUGUGGCCUGGCUGUGCCGCUUACCGUGGUAAUAACGAACUGUGUGUAGAUUCACAUACGAUUCUAUCUACACAAGCGCGGGUCUGUGAAACUCGCAGCGGCACUUCCUGUUUUCUCGACUAGACCCUGAAUGAAGCUUGUUACAGCUGGACAAGAAACGCGAGAAAAAACCUACCAAAAUAAAAAGGAAUUUUGAAAAAAGUAGUCAGUGGAUCACAUACUAGAUAAUUGUGUUUGCAAUUGGUUUUCUUUAACGGUAAAAAUCUAAUUUCAUUAAUUGUGCUCUAUAUAAGUAAACACACUUCGUUGGUGUGUCACCGCAAUUUUUUCCUAUUAUUAAUAUUUGGAUUAUAUUUGUGAAAAUGGGAGGAGCUUGGCCUCAACAUGCCCUUCCCCCUCGAGCUUUAGUCCUGUCACAGAAUCAGAGGCACGCACAGAGAUGGAGAAACACCGUGCUAACUGGACCCUUCUCCUGCUGCUGUGUGGCCUCCUGCCUCUGAACACUCAGGCCGGCAGACAGAUGCCCAAACUCUCAGACAAGAAGCUAUGCGCCGAUUCAGAGUGUAGCCAUCCCAUUCUCAUCGCUAAAGCUCUGCAGGAUUAUUACCCACAAGACUGUCGCUUCAUUCACAUCCACCAAGGCCAGUCUGUCUACGUGUAUGCCAUGCUGAAAGACCGCGGGAACCUCUUCUGGGCUGGCAGUGUUCAAGGGUCAUAUUAUGGAGACCAAGAAGCUCGUCUGGGAUAUUUCCCCAGCAGUGUUGUUGAAGAGACGCACGCCUUAAUGCCCGCCGAGGUUGAGGUCAAGACAGAUAAAUGGGACUUUUACUGCUACUAGGACCGUGUGCCGUCUCGGCUGGAACAUACACAUGAUUUUUGAUUCCACUCUGCACUUUAUUAGCUGCAUUUAAUUAUUUCUAGCAGGCGACUCAACUUAAAGAUUAGGCACUGUUCAUUAUAGGAGAGUGACUGUAGACUGUAAAUGCUUGUUGAUGCAAUAGUUUGAAUAAAGCCGAGCUGCUGCUACUCUUGCA